AUGGCUUGGUCUAAUCCUUUCGUUGUCUGGUCAGGGCUGACAGCCCUCCUCUUGCUGGGAGUAAUCGGUAUCUUGUUUCACGAUGUGAUGCUAUGGAAGCGAAUGCCGCCGGGCCCGCAGCCAUUGCCAUUCAUCGGUAAUAAACUGGACGUGCCCAAGAAAUACCCCUGGAUCCAGUUCCAAGAAUGGUCGCGCAAAUACGGCCCAAUCUAUACGAUCUGGUUUGGUCGGCGACCGACAGUCAUCAUCUCCGACCCCAAUGUCGCCGUGGAUUUGCUCGAGAAGCGCUCGCACAAGUAUAGCUCGCGACCGAGGUUCGUCGUCAUGGGCGAGAUCUUCUGGGACAUGUCGAGCAUCCUGGUACAGCCGUACGGCAAGGACUGGUCGGUGCGACGCAAAGCAUUGCACAGCGUGCUCACCCAGCGAGCCCUGCAGCACUACAAGCCCGUGCAGGAAGCAGAGGCGACACGGCUAUGCCAUCAGCUCCUCCAGCGGAGGCAUGUGCCUGACGACCUCGACGAUCUGCUCAACCGGUACACCGCCUCAAUCGUUUUCACCAUUGCAUACGGACAUCGCAUCGACAGUAUGCAGUCGCCCAUCAUCCGGCAGCGGAUGAAAAUAAUGCAUUGGAACGCUGCGAUCAAUGUUCCUGGGCGGUAUCUGGUCGAGUCGUUCCCAAUUCUGAAAUAUAUUCCUGACAUGUUUGCCCCGUGGAAGCGCGAAGUCAAGUCAUGGGGUCUGGGGGAAGCCGCAGCCAACGAGCAGCUGCUGGACUAUGUGCGCGAAGACAUGGAGAACGCGAAGAAGCCCGGCGCGCCGCCUCUCCCCAACAGCCUUGCGAAGCAACUUCUUGAGGCGCGCGCCGCGGACCCAGCGUCCUUUGCAUUGCUGCGCGAGCGGGACUUUGCCAGUCUGCCCUCUUCAGUGUUUGGUGCAGGAGCAGACACAACGGCAUCGACGCUGUCGUCAGCAAUUUUGGCCAUUGUGACAAAUCAAGAAGUCCUCGACGCCGCGCACGCCGAGCUCGAUGCUGUCAUCGGCCAGCACAGGCUGCCCGGGUUCGCCGACGAACCGGCAUUGCCCUAUAUCCGGGCGGUGAGCAAGGAGGCCCUUCGCUGGCGGCCCGUUGCCGUCCUCGGCGGCACACCCCACGCCAGCACUGAGGCCGACACGUACCAGGGGUACUAUAUCCCCAAAGGCACCAACAUCCUCGGCAACAGCUGGGCCAUCAACCUGCAUGAAGAAUACUACCCAAACCCGGACCACUUCAACCCUUUGCGGUUCCUGGACACAGAUCCAAAGGAGCUAAGUUAUCUUCCGCCAUCGUACGUGGCCAGUACAGCUGUGGAAAAGGGUCGGCCACAUCCCAGUAAGCUCGGCCACAGCAGUUUUGGCUGGGGUCGCCGCAUCUGCCCCGGUGCCGACCUGGCAUCAAACAAUCUGUUCAUCGCUCUCGCCCGUGUGCUGUGGUGCUUCGACAUCAGACCCAUCAAGGGCGUCGUAUACGACACGUACGACUAUACCGAUGGCUUCAACAUCCGGCCGAAUCCGUUCAAAUGCGAGUUCAAGGUGCGCAGUCAGCGGCAUGAGGAAGUCCUGAAGUCCGCUUUCGCCGAAAGCUAUGACUACUUGGAGAGAAACUUCCCGCUGUUCAAGGAACAUGAGAUAGUCAUGUAA